CUGAUUUGCAGCGUCUUGGAGUUCCUUCUCAGCAGGCAAACCGCUAGGUAACCUGACCGCCGAAGUACACGACAACUCAAUUCUACAAUAUCGCGUUCUUUGGCGGUAUGGGAGCGAAAGGGGAUUUUACGACAAGUACCUGGAAUGCUUUCCGCUCUUCAUUUUGAAGAUUCUCUCCGUCAAAACAUUUUUCCCACUUCCCGUCAUGACGCUCAGACCCGUUGAAGGCACCCUGCCUCUCACUGAGGACUGCCACCACUAUGAAGAUGUUGAUGAGGUCCCGUGGGAUCUUCAGAAGUGAGCGCGCAGAACCUCAUCUUAUUUCAUACACAUUCAUCCCAUGAUACCUACGUGCAUCCUCGCAGCCCGAUCUCAUACUGACUUCGCCCAGAUACUGGCACCAGCGCUACUCCAUCUUCAGCUUCUACGACUACGACAUCCGGCUCACGGACGACGCCUGGUUCGGUGUGACCCCAGAACCAGUAGCCCAGUACGUAACUUAUGCAGCUAUCCAUACCCCACCCUCUCUCUACCUGGACCAUGCUGACCUGCCCUAGCAAAAUCGCCGAAGACAUCCUCUCCCACAGCCAGUCCAACCCCCAAAAAACCACCAUCAUCGACCUGUUCGCCGGCGCCGGCGGUAACAGCAUCGCCUUUGCGCUCUCCGAGAAAUGGGACCGGGUCAUCGCCAUCGAGAAGGACGCCGCCACGCUCGCCUGCGCCCAGCACAACGCGGCCGUGUACGGCGUGGCCGACACCAUCACCUGGGUGCACGGCGACAGCCUCGACUUCCUCGCCCGGCUCAAGGAUCGGGGCGGGAAGGGCGGACUGGACCAUUCGUUGCAAGUGGACCCGGCUAGGACAUGCCUCUUCGCCUCGCCGCCCUGGGGCGGCGUGAGUUACCGCGACCAGGACGUGUUCGAUCUCAGCACCAUGGAGCCGUACAACCUCGCGACGCUGCACGACGCCUGCCGGCCGAUGGGGCACGCGUUGUACCUGCCGCGGACCAGCGAUCUGAGGCAGAUCGCCAAGCUGGCGCCGGCCGGCAGGAAGAUCGAGGUGGUCCAGUACUGCAUGGAGGGCGCCAGCAAGGCCAUGGUGGUGUACAUACCCGCGAGCGAAUGAACCGGCUGCUGCUUCCAAAGGCGCCCAGAGGGAGCCGGGCUUGUU